GCGUGGAGUGUGGUGGUUUCGCGGUGAUACAGUGUCCGGCGAGAGAACAGACAGACAUACAAUGGAAGAGGAUCACGUGGUGGACGACCUGCUGGUGGCCAAGGUGGUGGCCAUGGUGGUGCUGGGCGCGUCGAGCCUGCUGCUGGGCGUGCUGCCGUUGCGUCUGGCGCAGUGGCUGCGCUGGGAGUUCACGGCGGCGCGCUCGCAGCUCGUCCUCUCGCUGCUGCUCUGCUUCGGCGGCGGGGUGCUCUUCUACACCACCUUCCUCCACCUGCAGCCCGAGGUGCGGGAGGCCGUGGCCGUCCUGCAGCGCAACGGCCACCUGCCCACGCCCGAGGGCCACAUCCACCUGGCCGAACUGAUUUUCUGCUGCGGAUUUUUCUUCGUCUACCUUGUCGAGGAGCUGGUGCACGUCUGUCUCGACUCGAGACACGAGGAGGAUGACGAGGCCGUCCUCCACCGCACCAUGUCCAUCAGGAAGUGCGGACGACACCCUGAGCUCGCCGCCGACGCCGCCUCUGCUGGCACCGUCAACCAGCAGAAUCUCAUCCCCAGGGUGUCGCUCAGCGGCAAGACCACAGACUCCGGCAGCUCCACACAGGGUUUGAUCUCGGCGGGCUCGACGUUGAACCUGAGCAAGCCGUCGGCGCUGGACGCCGAGGCCCGCAUGACCGGCGGCCCUUUGGCUCUGGUCUCCAACGCCGUGCUGCCUGAAAACUGUCCAGUGCGGCAUUCGCAUCACGGCCACUCGCACGUCAUCCCCGUGGACUCGAAUGGCAGCGGCGGCAACAACAAGUCGACGGUGGCGACCUCCUUCCGCGGCCUGCUGGCGGUGCUCGCGUUAUCCUUCCACGCGGUCUUCGAGGGUCUGGCCGUGGGUCUGGAGACGAGCGUGGCCAACGUGUGGUACCUGUUCGCUGCGAUCGCCACCCACAAGCUGGUCAUCGCCUUCUGCGUCGGCGUCGAGCUGAUGAACUCUGGCACCAGGAAGUGUCUCCUAGUUCUCUACGUGGCCACGUUCGCCGUUGUGUCGCCGCUCGGCAUCGCCAUCGGGGUCGCCGUCGCCGCCAACGCCGACAACACGUCCACCCUGACGCCGACGACGGUCGUGCUUCAGGGCAUGGCCGCCGGCACGCUCGUCUACGUCGUCUUCUUCGAGGUGCUGCAGCGCGAGCGCGCCAACACGCAGUCCGGCUUCUUCCAGCUUGUCGCCAUCAUCUGCGGAUUCAUCAUCAUGCUCUGCCUCCAGCUCAUCACUGGACACGAGCACAACCACGACCACGAAGACGAGCACAGUCACCACGAUCACGAGCACCCUGUGACGGCGGCCGCGCCGACCCUGAGCUCGGUUCUUCCACAGCUGGUGCAGAACCUGACUGAAAAGGUGGCGAGCACGUUGGCAGGCACAACGAUGGCGCCGCACCACCACGACCAUGACCACGAUCACCACCACUGAGAGGACCCAUUAUCAAGCCGCGACGCGUAAAGACAAUGGAACGUGCGCGGACGAGACGAAAAAUAAUGUUGUUCAAGCAGUUAUUGAUAUAAUGAGUAUUCCUCCGGAUCGGUGUUUGCGUGUAUUAUUCGUAGCAAAAAAUUAUUAACUAUUUUUCUGAGAAAACUUAAUUGAAAAUGGCGAAAAACGAUCGAAUGUGAAAGAAAGUAUGGCAGGGACUGAUCAACGUUCUUAUAAAUUAAUUAAUUAAUGUUUGUCGACGAGACGAAUGUACACCGUCGUGUACUGGAUUAUUGCGAAUCCUUUGUUCGAUUCACAGGGUAGUAGAGGGCAGAAAACUGUAAUAUUAAAUAUUAGUUGCGGAAAGGAAGGUGUUGAUUUACAUGUGAUCUGCAACGAUUUUAAAAUUGUAAUAGUUCCAUUUCAAGUCUUUUUAAAUAUUUAACAUAACGUAUUGGCAUUUCAGAUUUGAUAAAUUGCUAGUCAAGCUAAUGACUUAGGGGCUUUUAUAAAAUUAAGCUCUUAAAUUACUAAAUGAAGGGAAUUUUACUCAGUGCAGAAACAAGACAAAAAUGUUAUAAAACAAAUUAAAUUUAGUUGGGAAGAGGAUUCACAAGAUAAAUGUUUAAAACAAAAUUUAAGCGUUACUAUUUUUCACUGUUUUCGGUCUCUAAUGUUUUUAUUAGUGUGCUAGUGUCCUUCAAAUUUCAACCGAGAGUCACACACUACUUGUACUUUUAUCGCAAAUUCAACUAUUUGGCCUUUAUCUAAACGUGACCAGUCGUAAGCUUUCUAUUCUGAACGAGUUCCUCUUGUGAUACUAACCACGCACUUAAGUAAAAACUUCAUUUUCAGCACAAAUAAAAUUGUCAGUGUGAACAAAUAAAAUAACGAAUAUUUAACGAAAAUCGGUGCCAACGAGUGAUGUAUGACUGAGACAAAAGUGCUGUUUUUUUCCAAUAAAACUGUUGAGAGCGCAA